AUGACUCUGGACUUGGAUGGCGUGGCCUGCUGUGGCCAGAGAGACCUCAGCGGUCUUGACACCAGCAUCAGCUUGUACUGGCCCUUCUCUACUAGUGACCUAUAUAACUGGAAAACCCAGAAUGCCCGAUUUUCUGACAACCCUAAAGAUUUAAUAAGUCUCUUAGACAGCGUUAUGUUUACCCACCAACCCACCUGGGAUGAUUGUCAGCAGCUCCUCCGAAUCCUGUUCACCACUGAGGAGCGAGAAAGAAUUCAAUUGGAAGCAAGAAAGCUGGUUCCUGGAGAUGACGGCCAACCCACUGCUAACCUUGAUCUCAUUAAUGCAGCUUUUCCCUUGACCCGACCCCCACAGGAUGGCUGGGACUACAACACGGCAGAAGGUAGGGGACGGCUGCGCAUUUAUCGCCAGACUCUAAUGGCAGGUCUCCGGGCUGCUGCACGCAAGCCCACUAAUUUGGCAAAAGUGUAUUCAGUAAUACAAGGUAAGACAGAGAGCCCUGCCGCUUAUUUAGAAAUAUUAAUGGAGACCUUCAGACAGUAUACCCCCAUGAACCCCGAGGCCCCCGAAAAUCAAGCUGCUGUUGUAAUGGCCUUUGUAAAUCAGGCAGCCACUGAUAUUAAAAAGAAACUCCAGAAAUUAGAGGACCUGGAGGGAAAACAGAUUCAGGACUUACUCCGCAUUGCCCAGCGUGUCUAUAAUAAUAGAGAGACUCCAGAGGACAGGCAACUUAAAGCCACCGAGAAAAUGACCAAAGUCCUGGCUACUGUUGUCCAAAAGCCCCUGGAUAAACAUAAGCCCCUAGAUAAAGACCAAUGCGCCUAUUGCAAAGAAAAAGGCCACUGGGCCCGAGAAUGCCCUAAAAAGAAAAAGCCACGAAGCCUCUUUACUUGGUCACCCGAGAACAGGUGCCCUUUGAGUGGACAGAGGAAACUGAGCAGGCUUUCCAGCAAAUUAAACUCGCCCUGUUGUCGGCACCAGCCUUAGGGCUCCCCGAUGUCUCCAAACCCUU